AUGUACCAUCCGUACAAGCGGCCUCAAGCAUCGGGAUACAGGCGGAAUAAAACUGGUCGAGCUGCAAAAGCCGCGCCAAAAAAUGGGGACCAGCCCCAAUUCGACCAACAGGACAAGGCGUCAGGCCCGGCUCUCAGUCGUUCCUCGGGGUCCUUGAGAGGAGCCUUCUUCCAAAACAACGACGGUAAAAUAGAGCUCUUCGACAGCCAGACGGGGUUCACUCACAUGUGCAGCCCCUCGUCGCAACACUCUGGGCACGAGGAUCCCCUCGUCAUCGCCAUCGAUGGCGCUUGCCCUGGGAACGGCACGGUAAGGGCAACCAAGUCAGGUUAUGGAGUAUUUUUCGCACCCGGCAACCCCAAAAACAUGGCUGCCCGGAUUCCGAACCAUCUUCUCGAGGGCGGCAAACACACAAACAACAUUGCCGAAAUCAUGUCCGCCAUAUCUGCGCUCCAUGGCGCGACGAUUGUCGCCAGGGGUGGUGUUCAACGGUACACCGAUGCCGUGAAGCACGGAGGCGUGAGAAAGCCCAACGGAGAGCCCCAGAAGUUGAGACACAUCAUCGUCAAGUCAGACUCAGAGUACGUCGUCAAGUCCAUCGCAGGCGGAAAAAAAGGUGAACCGCCUUAUAUUGCGAAAUGGAAGACGAAUGGAUUUCGAACGGCGGGGGGCGGGGCUUACAUCGACAAACUCCGCGAGAUGGGCGUCACGGUUCAGUUCUGGCACGUUCGCCGCGAGCUGAACAAGGAUGCCGAUCGGCUUGCAAAUGAAGGCCUGGUCGUGGGGGCUUCUGCUAUCAGUUCGACGGUCGAGGAGGAGAUCAAGCGGGUUUGGAAAGCUCAGGGUGUUUCGAGAAAGGGACGAAGCCAUUCAAAUGAAAACGAGGUCAUUGUCCUGGACGACGAUUAG